GCCAUGCAUCAUCCACCCUUCAUGGAGCCCAGCACGCGAGGCUAUGGCAUAAUGCAAAUGCCAGAGCCGGAACUCGCUUGGUCACCAUCUCCCGUACAAUGCUCCACCGGAUUGCAACGGAGAGACGCCGAGGAAUGCGAGUGGGAUGCAGAACCACCUCGUGCAUGGCCCGGGAGAUUCCUCCGUUGGCUCGUGUCCAAGAGGCACAGAUACCAACGCUCGCAAGGAGUUCCAAAGGGCAUACCCAAUCACCCCGCGAACGGGUCUCGACCAACCCGACCCUCGGGUCCGCAACGCCCCAGGCCCACGCGCUAGGAGUCUUGAACGUGGAUGCAUGCCAAUGUGAUUCACUCUCCUAUCGUGGCUGAUAUCCUCGGCUCGUUCACCAGGCUAUCUCGCGAAAUGCUUAAGGGAUCGUACCUUGAUUCAAUCCUUUCCCUUGAUGACUGUCGACGGCGGUUAACGGCAAGAUGAACCGAUUGACACGUGCAAACAUAUACC